AUGGUAUCAGAGCGGGAGACGGUUCCAGAUUUUGUCAGAUUAGGGUUUGCUCGGCGAACUCAUCAGAGUUUUGUUCGUCUUCCAGGCCUUACUUAUUCAGGUUGCGAAGAAGGCUGUACAUCUUCUGCAUAUACUCCUGAGCCUUCAUCCCCCUUGUAUCUCCAAUCUUCUGAUGUUCCCGGAGUAUCACUUGUUCCUGUACCUUUCUCGGGGAAUGGUUUUGGGGGAUGGAAGUGUAGCAUGAUAGUUUCUAUGUCCGCUAGGAAUAAGAUAGCUUUUAUUGAUGGUUCAUGUCCCAAACCUACUGCGACUUCCCCUGAUUAUAAACAAUGGGAUUGUUGUAACAACAUGGUUAUAUCAUGGAUAACUAGCUCGUUGUCUUCAGAAAUAGCUGAAAGUGUUCAAUACUCUGAGACAACUGAAAGCAUUUGGAAACAAUUAAAUAACAGAUAUGGAACUGUAAAUGGGACCAAAGUAUUUGAAUUAAAAAGGGAAUUAGAAUCUACUUAUCAAGGAUCCCUUGAUAUUGCUUCCUAUUUCACCAAACUUAAAAGAAUAUGGGAUGAGUUGGGGGUAAUGUGUAGUGGUCAUGCAAAUACUUGCACAUGUGCUGCUAAAGAAGGUCUUCAGAAGGAGAAAGAGGAGGAUAAAGUUCAUCAGUUCCUCAUGGGACUGAAUGAGGUAUAUGUGGGUGUCAGAAGCAAUUUGAUAAUGAUGCAACCUUUGACAUCUCUGGACAAUGUCUAUAACAUCCUCCUACAAGAUGAAAAACAAAGACAAGUCAAUCCUGCCAUACAAUUUACUACUGAAUCAACAUCUUUCAAUGUCAAUCCUCCCAAUAACAAACCUUUUCAACCACAAAUUAAUGUUCAGGGAUAUCAGAGACAAUUUAAUCAGAGAGUCAAUUUUGACCAAUCCAAGUCUAACCUCUUUUGUAAGUAUUGUAAGAAAUCAGGACAUUCCAUUGAUAAGUGUUCAAGUUUCACGGGUUCCCUCCAAAUUUCAAGUUCACUAAAGGCAAAAAAGUAG